UUAAAAGUAUAAAAAUACCAGUAGACAUAUGUAAACUCGAGAGAAAGACUUUACCGGAAUUACAUCCAAGUAACCUACGCGUAGAAACCUUGAACAGUCUCGUCAAUGUUAUUAGACUGUUUAGACUACAAGGAAAUAUGAAACAUUAUUGAGUGAAAGGUGAAUUGCACGUUUGAACGUAGAAAUUAUCGAAUGCUUCCGACUGACGAUUCAACCAGGAUGACGAUGAGUUCCAAACAUCUAGCUGCUGGAUCUGUUGCCCCACCCCUUAUACCUGGAAAAGUACGUUUAUAUAGUAUGCGAUUUUGUCCGUACGCACAAAGAAUUCAUUUGGUACUAGACGCAAAAAAUAUACCAUACGAUGUUGUUUAUGUUAACUUGGUCAAUAAACCUGACUGGUUGUUGGAAAAAAGUCCCUUGGGUAAAGUUCCUUGCAUAGAGUUGGAAGGAGGAGAAACUUUGUACGAGAGUCUUGUUAUCGCUGAAUAUUUAGAUGAUGCAUAUCCACAAAAGAAACUGUACCCUAUUAAUCCUCUAGCUAAAGCUAAGGAUAAGUUAUUGAUCGAUAGAUUCAACUCUGUUAUAAGUACUAUAUACAAGCUGUACAUUGCCACAUCUAUACACCGUGAUGUAUUCGAGGAUGCGCUAGCUGGUCUAGAACAUUUUGAAAAGGAACUUGCUAAAAGAGGAACACCUUUCUUUAACGGUGAUUCCCCUGGAAUGUUGGAUUUUAUGAUAUGGCCAUGGUGGGAAAGGUCAGAUAUGAUGAGAGUUUUACGCGGAAAUCAAUUUGUUAUACCUCAAGAUCGUUUCAAAAGAUUGUUGGAAUGGAGGUCCGCCAUGAAAGAAAACUCUGCAGUUCAAAACAGUUACUUGGAUACCGAAGUACAUGCUAAAUAUAUGCAAAGUCGCCUUGCUGGAACACCACAAUACGAUUUGAUUACUGCUUAAAUUAACAUGUUUUAACUUUCUCUGCAAGAUUAAUAAUAUAUUGCAUCGUUAACAUUGUCCGCAACAUUGCCAGUGAUCUAAUUGAUACUAAUCUUUGAAUGUACAGGAAUAUUCGUUAUAAGACUCAAAUAAAGAAAGCAUUUCUUUUUUCUAUUAUUUGCAUAGUAAUAUUGACAAUUGCAAUUUAUUUCGU